UGUUGUUUUGCAAAGUUGAAAGUUGAGGUCACAUGAGAACAAGAAUCUGAAAUGUCAGAUUAGAAAGAGAACAAACUUUGUUUAGAGUAAUUUACCAUAUUCAUCUUAAACUUGUGUUUUCCCUGUUUGUCUUCCAGCCUCAGAGUCUUUGACUGAGUCCAUGAGCUGACACUCGCCGAUGUGAGGCUGAACGAGGAACGAGCGCUGAGCGUCUUCUCCGUCGCUGACACUCUUCUCUCUCUCUCUCUCCUGGAUUGUUUCACAAGCUCAACUGCUGCCUCAGAGUCGGUAUCGGCGUUGUGUUGCUGACACACUGAGCAGACUCUGGCACUCGCCUCGUUCCAGACAUUAAUCUGAGGAUUUGCGCCAUGUGAGCACAUGAGAAACGUUAAACGACAGCGGCCCGCGUUCGUUAAUCUGCUUAUUUCAGAGCUACGAGUCAGUUCUCUCACGAUGACGUCACCACAGUGAACGAAAGAAGAAAGAAAAUGACUGUGUCCUGGCUCCGUGUGGUUUGUUGGUGAUGGAGUAAAUCUGCUGAUACUCAGACUGUCUGUAGUGAUGGCCUCCGCCUGCGCAGAGAGGGACCAGCCGCUCCUGCAGCUCCAGGAAGUCGACUCCAGCCGAGUGAGGAGCUGCGUCCUGUCUCCGAUCCUCAGCUCGUCCUCUCCCGGUCUGUCCCUCGACGCCAGCCAGCCCAUCUGCAUCCCGUCCCCUUACGCGGAACUGGGCCACGACUUCGCCACCAUCCCCUUCUACAGUCCGACCAUCUUCAGCUACGCCGCUCCCAGCAUCUCAGAAUGUCCCUCUGUCCACCAGUCCCUCAGCCCGUCUUUAUUCUGGCCCGGCCACGGCCACAUGGGGCCGCCCAUGCCCCUGCACCGCUCCCAGGGUCGACCCCAGCACGGCCAGCCCAUCCAGAGUCCGUGGGGGGAGCUGACGCCGCGGGACAGCGUCCUGACAAACAGUAAGAGCGUGAGGAGGCGUUCCCAGGAGAGCGAGGACGGCGUGGUGUCGUCGGGCGGCAAGUCCGACCUCCACUACUGCGCCGUGUGCCACGACUACGCCUCGGGCUACCACUACGGAGUGUGGUCGUGUGAGGGCUGUAAGGCCUUCUUCAAGAGGAGCAUCCAAGGACACAACGACUACAUCUGCCCGGCGACCAAUCAGUGCACUAUAGACAAGAACCGGCGUAAGAGCUGUCAGGCCUGUCGCCUGCGGAAGUGCUACGAGGUCGGGAUGACCAAGUGUGGGAUGCGAAAGGACCACGGGAGCUACAGGAACCCCAAGACGAGGCGAAUGACGCGUCUGUCGUCGCAGGGCAAAGCCAACGGACCCAAGGCUUUGACCGGACCGGUGGUGGUGACGCUGAUGAACGAGCUGCAGCCUCCAGCGCUGACCCCGGAGCAGCUGAUCGAGCGGAUAAUGGAGGCGGAGCCGCCGGACAUCUACCUCAUGGGGGACAUGAGCGGGCCGCUGACGGAGGCCAACGUCAUGAUGUCGCUCACCAACCUGGCCGACAAGGAGCUGGUUCACAUGAUCACCUGGGCCAAGAAGAUUCCAGGAUUCGUGGAGCUGGGCCUGUUGGACCAGGUGCACCUGCUGGAGUGCUGCUGGCUGGAGGUGCUGAUGAUGGGACUGAUGUGGAGGUCGGUGGACCAUCCAGGGAAACUCAUCUUCUCCCCCGACCUCAGCCUGAGCAGAGACGAGGGGAGCUGCGUCCAGGGCUUCUCCGAGAUCUUCGAUAUGCUCAUCGCUGCCACGUCCAGAGUGAGAGAGCUCAAGCUGCAGCGGGAGGAGUACGUCUGCCUCAAGGCCAUGAUCCUCCUCAACUCCAACAUGUGUCUCAGCUCGUCCGAGGGCAGCGAGGAGCUGCAGAGUCGCUCCAAGCUGCUUCUUCUUCUGGACGCCGUCACGGACGCUCUGGUGUGGGCCAUCGCUAAAACUGGCCUCACCUUCCGGCAGCAGUACACGCGCCUCGCUCACCUGCUCAUGCUGCUCUCACACAUCCGCCAUGUCAGUAACAAGGGCAUGGACCACCUCCACUGCAUGAAGAUGAAGAACAUGGUGCCUUUGUACGACUUGUUGCUGGAGAUGCUGGACGCCCACAUCAUGCACAGCUCCCGCCUGCCGCGCCAAGCCACCCCCCAGCCGGAGUUCAAGGAGCAGGGGGAGGUUCCCGCUCGACCCCCCUCUGGGAACAGCUCCUCCACCACCUGGACUCCCGGCCCCUCUGGAGACGGAGGUGAAGCCCAGUAGACAAAUGGAGGAACUCGCACAGGAUGAAGUUUCACUGCUUUGCACAAAUACAUCCACAGGACUGAUGUGGAGUCUCGUGAGCUUCUCAAAUCCUUCGUUUGAGCUUUAAAAGAAAGACCAAACUUGUCGCACAGUGAAAAACCAGAGUGGAAUGAGGAGAAGAACAAACUUUACAGAUAAUGAUCAGCUUCUUGUGCAAAGGCAGGACGUCGGUGUCAUCAUGAGGAGACGGCUGUAGCAGAUGCUGAGAUGUUAUCACAGCUCGAGCCACAUGAUAACAUCAGGUAUGAGCAGGAAAUAAAGGCCUUUGUAACACUUUGAUUAUUACAUUUUAUUUUUCAGAAAAUAACAGAGAUCCCUUGACUCAAGGUAACAGAUGUUGUGCCAGUUAAAGGUUGAUGUGAGAAAUCUCCAUCGUGAGCGCUUCUGCAUUGUUUGUGUCGUUCUGCAGUUGCACAAACAGAACGCUAGUUGGCGAAGAAGUUUCUAUGCCACUUGUGUUGAGUUUCUUAAUUUACGUCAGAGAAACUGAGCGUGUGACGUUAGAGACGGAGCCAAUAGAUGUGAGAAGGUGUACGACCAACGAAGGGAGGUGAAUGCGAGGAAGUAAUGCUAAUGCUAAUAAGUGGACCACUCCUUUGUUUUGCGAUCUGCGUCGUGUAGUUACGUUACUAGGAAGAUCAAGUCGAGCUACAGCGUCACUUUACCUUUGGUGUUGAGUCUAUGCAGAAGUUAUCGUGCCUUUUUCUGGUUCUGGCCAAUGAGGAGGGUCACGUCACUAAUGACGAACAAUAACACAAACUAAAUGAUUCAUGUGAAACUAAGCCAGAGUUGUGGUUUGGAUCCAAUUCAAAGUUUCAGCGACAAAGUGUCAAAGUACGUCAACUAAAGUGUUGUUUUUUAACCACUGAAAGGCUCAGACGUUUUUUUGUUAUUAUAACUUUUUUGUUUAACCAAUAAACCGCCGCUUUAUCGCUUUGUUCACCACCACCACCAGGCUCCAUUCGCAGAACACAGGAGUCGUAGAAGUACUGCUGCCUCAGUCGGUUAGCUUGUGUUGUUGUGACUUUCGGAGGAAGUAGUCAGAUCCUUUACUGAUCACUACUGUGCAGAGAUCGGAAAACAAAGCUAGCUUGGGCGAUUUUAGCUAACGAACGGAAAACUUUCAAAAUCGAAAAUAAAUUACUUUGUUUUUUUCAGUUUCAGUCAGAAACUAACUUUACAAAAACCACACAAAUGAUCUAAAUCUGAAGCCGAGACAGUUGACUUGCUAUCAAGACGUUUCUGUCACAGCAAACCUUCAGUUGACCACUAGAGGGAGCUAACUCUCGGAUAUUUGUCACCGUUCGGUCCCGGCUUCAGACGUCGUACUUUUGUUUUUUUCCCGUGACGAAUCAUAACCACCGUUGCUCUUAACUCAACUUUGCACUGCAUAUACACGUCGAGACGGACUUGAAGCUAAAGAAAAGAUUAUUUUUGUAUCUUUGUCUCGAUGCAGCUUCGACAAUCACAUCCGCCGUCAGAUUAAAGCUAGUUCGACAGAUUUUAAACGUCUGCACCACUUCAGCUGCUCUGUCUGCUUCUCCUCUGAUUUUACAUCAUCACUGUGAACAUGUUCUUACAGUGGAGCCUGACUGAUAUGGAGCUUUUGAACUAUAAAGAUAAAAAUACAAUUGCCAUUAAUUCCUUAAUUCGUAAUUGAGGCUUGAUAUUUUACAGUUUAACCACUAACGUCAUAAUAAAUAACUGAAAGUGAAAAAAAACAAAACACACGAAUUAUAGGAAGUGGAAAAUAAAAUUAGGUUUUUGACUUUGUUUAUUUUGUAAAAUAAAAGUCAAUACGUUUGUGAAAAGCUCUUAUAGGCAUUUUUUUUUUUUUUUAAUUGCCCAAUUUUAUCCGUCAGGCUCUAACUUCGUGUUCUUCAUAAUCCAAAAAGAAUCGCACACCUGCUUCAUUUCUAAUGGAAACUUUUAAUAAUGAAUAUGUUAACAAAGUAAUUGUAAAUGAAAGGACUAGUUUUUUUUGUGUGUGUCAAUUAUCAAAUAUCUUCAUAUGUUAACUUACGAAUCAUCACUAAUGGAAUAAUGUCAGUGUUUUGAGUUGCUGUCAGUUUUAAUUCAGUUAUUCUUGUUGUACGUUUUUUUUUUUUUUUAAUAUUUAGUCAUAAAACUCAUCCUGGUUUACACCACGAAAUAAAGCAAAAAAUAUUGUACAGAUGCGACUGUGGCACAUUGAAUUGUGGUUUAUAAAUGCCAUUAAAAAAAAAUGAAGUCCUCA